AUGGACUCGCCAGAGGGAAAGGAGGUCAACGAUGCCAGCGGUGAGAGCUGGCGGCGCUACGGCGGCACCGAGCUGGAGGAAGAAGCAUUCGAGUGGGAGAGAGAAGUGUUGCGUGCUGCUAUCCUUGACGUAAAUAUUCCACUUCGGCAGCCUAAGCAUGUUGAGGGAGAAGUUUUUGUGCAAUUUACUAAGGAAGAGCUGGAUCGGUCUGCUGUUCCGUUUCGUUUUUCUUUGGUCUUGAAGUUUCUGCGGCAAAGGCCUUCUCUGGAUCGUAUUAGAGAGGCCAAUGAGUUAAAGGAUGGAAGUACUAAAGGGGUGGUGUCUUUAGAUGCUGAGAUUGAUAAGGGAGAAACUGAGAUUGAUAGGGAAGAAGCUGAGCCUUUAGUGCAUGAGAAAGAUUUGACAAUGUUGGCAGAAUCUAGUGGAGCUCAAUCGGAUAGAGAAUUGGAUUUGGUUAUGGGCGAUGACCAGGUUUUGCAGCCUGUGGUUGUGUCUGCUAUGGAGGGACUGGAAGAUUAUUCUAAGUCUGAGGAUGAGGCUGAGUUGGCGCAUCCAGCAAAGGAGAAGGAUGGCAGUUCUGAUUCUAAAUUAUCAAAAAAGAAGGUGGAUGUCGUGGGAGGCUCGGAUCAGUUUAUUUCGUUGAUGAUUAAUUCAACUAUUUUGAUAUCAGCUGUAUAUGCAAAGUGCCGGUAUCUAGAUAGGCGGGUUUUAUGGGAGGAUUUGCUUUCUGUCAAUACUAUGCAGUUGCCUCAUGUGAUUUUGGCGGAUUUUAACAUUUUACGGAAUGAUAGUGAAUGGCAUGGUGGAUGUCCGAGGCUUCUCAUGGCAAUGGAGGAGUUCUGUUCAUUUAUUGAUACUGGUGGACUGGUGGAGAUGUCGUUUUUAGGGAACAAAUUUUCAUGGUGCAACGGGCAAUCGGGGAUGGCUCGCUCAUGGGCACAGCUUGACAGACCUUUGUGCAAUCUGAAAUUUCUGGAGCUUUUUCCUUUGGUGCAUAAUCAUUAUUUGCCCAGGUAUGGUCCUUCUUCAUUUAAAUUUCAUUUUAUGUGGACUACUCAUGAGGAUUUUUGGCGAUGUGUGUCGAGUUCUUGGGAGGGAGGAGUUUAUGGAACUGGUUUGUGGAAGUUAGCAGAAAAAUUGAAGAGAUUAAAACAGGGUGAAACGUCAUCAUCUUUCUUUAAAGCAUUACAAUCCAGGAAACAUAAUGUAGUAAUGGAAAUGAAAAUCUCUGAUGGUCGUGUACUUAGCUCUCCGGAAGCCAUUCAUGAGGAGGCUUGUGUAUAUUUUGAGGAAUUUAUAAAGCCAAAUCAGUCGAGUUCAUUGCCGAAUUUGGCUGAUUUAAUUUCGAGUGAAGUGUCAGAAGAGGAGAAUAAUAUUUUUGGCUGUCCCCCUUUGAUGGAGGAAGUUAAAAAGGCUCUUUUUUAUAUUCCUAAUGAUAGUAGUCCUGGUCCGGAUGGCUUUGGGUCGAGGUUCUAUCAACAUUGUUGGUCUUUAGUGAAAGAAGAUGUAUUUGAAGCAAUUACGGAUUUUUUUAGCGGGAUAGAACUUCCGCGGUUUUAUACUGCAUCUUAUAUUAUUUUACUUCCUAAAAUCUAG